CCGAUGGCGAAUUCCUCAUCGAUCGUCGAAGCAGUGGAGUCAUGGCCUGUGUAUCUGAUUUGGUUCAUUCAUCACAACUCUUAUUACAAUUUGCGGUUUCACGAACUGGAGGCACUUGCGGAGCUAUGUGGUGGCGUUAGCAAGGAGAGCCUAUAUGCAGUGGAUGAUGAUAAAAAGUCCACACCAGUUCAUCCCCCUACUGCUUCAGUCGAGUCACCUUGGGUUUAUAUCAGAUUGCCCAACGAUGAAGUGGCUAAGGCUAUCGCGGAAAGAGCGGUGCUUGUGAAAGCCAUCUUAUCGGUAUGGGGAAGUGGAAAGACUAUCCCUGAAACCAUCGAGGAUGUUAACAAGCACAUGCCUCGUGAAAAGCGUCGCGCUAUCAUCACCGACGAGCUGUCGUUCAAAUAUAAAUUGUUCGCAUAUGGGCGGAAAUUCAACAAUCGAGAACGUCAAGAACUGAUGGAUGCAUUUGGUUGCCUCUGGGACGGCGACGAGAAGGUGGACAUUGAGAAUGCUCAGACUACGAUCUGGCUGAUUUCGGAGUAUGAGCACGCUAAGGGCCCUGGUGAUAUAAAGUCGAGUAAAGUGAAAAGACACUUCUGUGCGCGAGAAGUAACCGCUGGGCGAUAUGAGGACAAGCAAGAGCCGUAUUUCGCUCGGUAUGAGCUCACAUGCAGACCUGUGCUUGGCCCGACCAGUCUUGACAACGAACUCGCUUUUAUCAUGGCCAACUUGGCAAAGAUAGACAAGGGCAAGAUUGUGUACGACUGUUUCGUGGGAACAGGUGGGCUGGCGCUCACGGCCUCGCAUUUCGGCGCUUUCGUGAUGGGUUCUGAUAUUGACAUCCGAGUGUUGCGGGGUCAUCGAGUGGCGUACGCCAAUGAGGGAAAGUCGCCUUUGCUCGACGCGGUGCCUGGGGACAGCGGGCCGAAGGACAUCUCGAUAUUCCGCAAUUUCCUCUGCUACGGCCUGGCUCGUCCCGAGAUCAUCCAUGCUGAUAUGGCCGCGCCGUUUUGGCGAAAAGAUGCUAAGACCGGUGGUUUGGUUGACGUGAUUCUUACUGAUCCUCCUUAUGGAAUUCGUGCGGGCACCAAACGAGUGGGCGCCAAGACCGAACAUGCGAUAGACGAUAGGGCUACUUACAUUCCACAGAAGGUGCGCUAUGAGACGGAUGAUGUUAUGAAUGAUUUACUGCAGAGAGCUGUGGCCAUCCUGAAUGACAAUGGAAUGCUAGUGUAUUUGUUACCCAUUGAGCUCUCACAGUUGUUCACGAGUGAAGAACUGGACAUGAUGGAGAAAAGGCAAGAAAUGGCUGGUGACAAUCCGGCGGAGAAGACGAGGAAAAGGAAGAGAAAGCAGGAGGCAGCGGCUCGAGGGAAGGUGGCGGCCUCGACGCGUGUUGUCCUCCGUGAUGAGACGGUGAUGAUGUCGCGAGCUGGCCAGGGGCCCAAGGGCGAGAUGGAAUAUAAACAAUGUGUACAGUAUCGUGACGUGUAUGCUCCAGAAACCGCCCGAGAUUUACCCUUCCUUACCGAGAGCAACUAUUUGCGGCUAUUACCGACUUGUCCGAAAGAGCUGGAAGUCGUCAACGUGAGCCUCCAAAUAUUGAGUGCUGGAUUAGGAAGACUGGUUGUGUCGAUGAGAAGACUUCCUCGUCAGCGAUAAUAGUGAUAUUACCAGUAG